UAUAAAGCCGCACGUCAAACAAGAGGAAAGUGCCUGUCUUGGAAUACACUGACGUUCGGAGGCUGUUCUGAAAGAGUUUUUGCGAGUUCAUCCUCAAAAUGGAAUAUGGUUAAAUUCUUUUGUGCUAUAACUGGAAUUAUGAAGUUAUGGAUAGUCAGAAUUCGAAAACGUUACGUAUUUUGAAAAGGAUGUUAUAAUAUUUUGUGUCGUUUUAUUAGAUACAGCCGUGAAGAUGCACGGCUAUCGAUACAUUAUUCAUCUAUCAAUAUUUGGACUGAUCUUCAUAGAAAUUACUCGUGGGGAGCAUUACACGGAUAAAUGGGCGGUGCACAUCGAAGGGGGCGUUAGAGAGGCACGAUCUCUGGCCGACAAACACAACUUCGUUUACUUGGGACAGAUCAUGCCGGACUAUUAUCAUUUUCAACACAGAAAAGUAGCAAAAAGGUCACUGUAUUCCAGCUCAUAUUUUCACCGAACCCUUGCAUCAGAACCAAAUGUACGGUGGUUAGAACAACAAGUUGCCAAAAAAAGGAAAAAAAGAAGUUUAUACUUUCCCCACCAGUCAUUCAACGAUCCGAAAUGGCCUCGGAUGUGGUAUCUACAUCGAGGUGAGGGCCUAGAUAUGAACGUACAGAGUGCUUGGGAUCAGGGAGUGACGGGCAAGGGCGUUGUCGUGACGAUAUUAGACGAUGGAAUAGAGAAAGAUCAUCCAGAUUUGGCCAGAAAUUAUGAUGAACGAGCUAGCUAUGAUGUAAACAGCCAUGACCCAGAUCCACAGCCCCGAUAUGAUUAUACAAAUGAAAACAGGCACGGAACUCGAUGCGCGGGAGAAGUGGCUGCUCACGCUAAUAACAACAUCUGUAGUGUUGGAGUGGCCUACGAAGCCAGUAUUGGUGGUGUGCGGAUGUUGGAUGGUGAUGUGACGGACUCAGUAGAAGCUCAAUCCCUGAGUUUGAACCCUGAUCACAUCCACGUGUACAGCGCUAGCUGGGGCCCUGAUGAUGACGGGCGCACAGUUGAUGGACCUGCCACCCUGGCUAGGAAAGCCUUCCACGACGGCAUCAAUUUGGGCCGCGGUGGACUGGGCUCCAUCUUUGUGUGGGCGUCGGGUAAUGGGGGGCGUGACUUCGACAGCUGUAACUGUGAUGGUUAUACCAACAGCAUCCAUACCAUCUCCAUCAGCAGUGCCACAGAAAACGGCAACAUUCCAUGGUAUUCAGAGGCGUGUUCUUCCACACUCGCCACCACCUAUAGCAGUGGUUCUAGUGGCGAAAAACAAAUCGUAACUACUGACCUAAGGAAGACCUGUACUGAGUCCCAUACAGGCACCUCGGCUAGUGCCCCGCUAGCUGCUGGAAUAUGUGCCUUGGCUUUACAGGCGAACCCUUCUUUAACUUGGAGAGAUUUACAGCAUAUUGUUGUAAUGACGGCCAAAAGGGGAAAUCUGAGGGCAGAUGAUUGGACCUACAAUGGAGUCAACAGAAGUGUAAGUCAUUCCUUUGGUUUUGGUUUGAUGGAUGCUGGUGCCAUGGUGAGAUUAGCCAAAAACUGGACCACAGUGCCGCCACAAAAUAUAUGUGAAAUCCGUUUACAGGAACGAAAUCGUCCAGUUCCAGCUAACAGUAAAAUUAGUGUGCCCCUUCACACAGAUGGGUGUAUUCGAACUGUAAAUCAGGUAAAAUACCUGGAGCACGUUCAGGCCAGGAUCACCCUGUGUGCCAUCAGGAGGGGGGAGAUCUCAAUAUACCUCAGGUCUCCCAUGGGCACACGCUCAACCCUGUUGGCACGACGACAGAGGGACGUGUCACGUGACGGGUUUAACAACUGGGCGUUCAUGACCACCCACAACUGGGGCGAGUACGCCAAAGGCACCUGGACAUUGGAGAUCGAAAAUGGCGGCAGUGCCAUGAGGGCGGCUAAGUUAGAUGAUUGGGUCCUGGUCUUGUAUGGCACAGAAACGGAUCCACUGCGCACAACCAUCACCACCUCAACUACCACAAAGAUUACUCCCUUGAAAAAUAAUUCCCGACCCCGCAAAAGUAAACCCCUUCGCCCUUCCGUCACUUCUACCACCGAAUCUUCCUUCACACCCUAUGAGUAUAUGCCAUCAAAGAAGAAUCGCCAAAAACCAAAAGAUCGAGACCAUAACCGUUACCCCAAUAAGUACCCUUGGCGUCCCCCUUCAAUUUAUCCCAAAUAUGAUAAUUUGAAGCCUCCUCACAUGUGCAUUUUUGAAACUUUGGCCAAACGGAACAACAUGUCUGCUUUACAAUAUAUGAGGAUGGUCAGAGGCAACCUAACGGCAGCCGAAUUAAAACAAUGGACACUGGUUGUCAUGGGCACUGGUACUCAUCCUCAAAGCCGCAACAUAACUUCCCAACCAGUGAAGAAAAAGGAGCCCUUAAAAUGUGCUGGCAUCACUUCUCACGGCAUAUGUAUAGAAUGCCGUCCAGGAUUUUACAAGUUUGGUGACGGCUGUGUGGCCAGCUGUCCGGAGUUUUACUACGGCACCAUGGAGACAGUGUUGAUGGACUCAAACCAUAACUCGUCUGGCUGGGCUCCACAGUACCAGAGACAUGGUAUCUGUCAUGCCUGCAAUGAUGCCUGUCGGACUUGUAAAGGGCCAUAUGUUGAAGACUGUUUUCAGUGUAGUGAGGGAUAUGAGAUCAGGGACGGGUACUGUCGCAGAAAGCUGAUCAUGAAUUUCUUAGACCCAGAUAUGCUGAGUUUCUUUGUCUGGGUGAUAAUUCUAUGCACGUCGGCCAUCUUGCUAUUUGGUGUGGUCUUCAUAGUUCUACAAGCCCGGGACCACAACAUUCUCUGCUGGCGUGGGGAAAAGGAAAGACAAUCAGAGGGGUCAAAAGGCAAAUACCGUGACGUGCCAACUCGUCCUGCGGAGGACCGAGAAAGUGACAUAGAUCAUUACCACACUGUGUUACAAAACAUUCACACACUUAACUCUUACAAUAAGUAUAGCCUAAACCAUAGUUACCCACCUACGAGACAUUGACAACAACUCCAGCCCCUGCCUACAGUUACCUGCCCUUGGCAGCGACAAGAACAGUUUGGCCCCUCGUGUUGGCCUGGAGGGACUACCGAAGGUCACACAGUGUACACCUGAGAUACGUGUCGAGGGUGGAAUCUGUAGCACACAGGGCGCAUCAAUGAUUACACAAUUAUGAGAGUUGUUUCAUGCUGAAUGUUAUGUAUACUGAUUAUAUAUAUAUAUAUAUGAUGGGUCUCCUACAUAUGCUGCGAGUGUCUGUACGAGCAUGUCUGUCCAUCUGUAGAGAGAGACUGUUGGAUGUCUGUGGUAAUUAGUAGACCAUGUUGUGUUUUGAUUAUCAAUACUCUCUCUGUUUAUAUAGAAUCUAGGUAUUGUGUAUAGCUGAACUAUAAUCUAGGUCGUGUGUAUGGCUGGGCAAUAAUCUAGAUUACAUGUAUGACUGGGCUUACAUGUGGUAUGGCUGCAUUUCUAUCUAGAUCAAAUGUAUGAGUGGUCUGUUAUCUAGAUCAAGUGUAUGGCUAGGUUAUAAUCUGUGUCAUAUAUAUGGCUAGGCUAUUAUAUCUAGGUCCUGUGUAUAAAGGAGCUAUAAUCUAGGUCGUGUGUAUGACUGGGAUAUAACCUGGGUUACAUGUAUGAUGGGUUAUAAUCUAUGUAAUCUGUAUGGUGAGCUAUUGUUUAGGUUGUGUAUGUAGUUUGGCUACUAUCUAAGUUAUACUGUAUGUAUGACUUGUCUAUUAUCUAGAUCAAGUAUGUAGCCAGGCUUUGGAAUAAUCUCCUGAAAUGUUGUUGAAUAUUUAAACAGUUUGUUAACAUAAUGAUAUACAUUUAUCAUUGAUACAUUAUAUAGAGAAAUGAAGGUAAAAUUUGACCAUUUAACUCAUUCACCCCUGAAGACACAUUUGAACUCUUCCAAUUCAAAGGUUGGAAUAGUUCAUUAUGAAAUUUCAGGGGUGAAUGAGGUAAAGUAUUCGCUAUGCAGACCUAAGUGGAUUUGAUUCAUUAUCUAUCCUGUAACACCUACAAAUCUAAAACUUAAUAGGAACUUUUGUUUCUCAUAUGGUUUGUGUUUGCUAUCACCAAGGAAAAUCUUGUUUGCCAUUGUGGACUCUGAGGCUGAAUAAUGUUAAGUGAAAAAUAAGUUUUCAGGACCAGAUAUUUUGAAUCAAGCCUCUUGUGACAAGUGGUUAUAUAAUGAUACAUACAUUUCCCUAAUGCCCAUAUGUAAUUGUAAAAUGUGAAACAGAUAUAGACUGUAAGUACAUGUGAUUGUAGUGUAUGGUAGUGAUAUACUGUGUAUUUUAUAGGGUGUAGAAACCGGACAUCUUCAGAAUUCCAUAAAUUAAUCAUUUGUUUUAAAUACUCUGGUUGUUUUUAUAAUACCUGUUGCCUCUUUAUCUUGACAAAUGAAUUUAUAGAUAAGAAAUAAUUUUAGAUUGGAAUCAAAAGUAUGUAGCCUAAGUUUGAAUUUGUAUGUUCAUUUUUUAUUUCUGAAUCGAAAAGUUGGUUUUAAUGGUUAGAGAAGUAUUGAUGCUCUGUAUUAAAACUUCACCAGUAGUUUCAAAAAUCAAAAAGCAUCUUGCAAUUAGAGUUCUGACAUUUAAUAAAUGUGUUUAGAAAGUGAACGAUAUUGUAGCAAUAACUUAAUAUUUUCAGGGAUUUGCUCUUUAGAAAAAAAGAUGUUGAAAAAUUCUCAACAGGCAGUUAAUGUAAUAAAGGGGGGUAACUGCCCUUAGUACUGGCUUCACCCUCACUUUACCAUCUAAGUAUACGCUUUAAUAAAUAACUGUAAUCCCAAAAUGUAGCCAUUUUGGUUGCGAGAUAUCGGUCAUCAGGACACUUUUUAAGAAAUAUUUCUAUCUUAUUUUAAAUGAUUUAGUUAUUAUGUUGUUUUAUGACCAAAAAUGUUACUAAGUCCCAAAGACAUUUUGUUAUCAUUUAUGCAGAGUUUGAAAACUAUUUAUUUACUAUGUAUUUUUUGUUAGAUACUGGAUCGAGUAACGUUUUGAUGAAAUGGUCAUCUUAUGUUUUACAGAUGUAUAUAGUUAUUGAUGAAAUUGUUGUUUUAACCCACAGGUGACUUAAUUGUGUAUGUUAAAUACGUUUUUCUCUUUCCUCUUUUUGAUACAGAGACAACACUGGUUUUGAGAAAUUCCAAAAAAAAAGGAAAACAAAAAAAUGAAUUGCCUUAAGAAAUCAACAGGUAUCAGGGUGUUGUUUUUUUUAAAUAUAUUAAUAUUUCAACUUGAAUGUUAUUAAGUCUAUUUAUCAUAUAAAGUGUAUUGAUUUAAAGGUAAAUUCAGUAUGUAAAUUAAUGAUAGGAUACCGGAUAUUUGAAACUGUUAGUUGACUGUCCCCUUUACCAGAAGUUAAAUGCUCAUUUGUAGGGGAGAAACAGCAAAAUAUAAUUCAAUCUUUCACCCCUGAAAUUUCGCAAUGAACUAUUCCAACCUUGGAAUUGGACAAGUUCAAAUGUGUCUUCAGGGGUGAAUAAGUUUAAGAUCUAUUAUGAUAUUUUGACAAAUUAUAGAUGGCAACACAAUAAUCUCCAAACAAAACUUUUGUGGGAGUAUGUGCACAGGACGUUACAUGUUGUAAUGUAAGGGUAGAUUGUUUUCGCUGGUCAGUGAUGUUGUUAGUACUGGUCAGUGUGCGUUAGUGACCAGUACUGCCAGUCUGCUCUAAUCUCAUAGGGACUGCUCAAUCACUUAAUUUCAUGUACAAACUUCACGGGAACAAUUUGUGGAUUAUAUUUGCAGUGUGUUGUAUAGUAUGAUUGUGUAAAAUCAUUUUGUAUGGGGUAAUUGUUCCGGGACCUUAAAAUCCGGGGUCUGCUCCAUAGGGAUAUAGUCUUGUGACGUCCAUUUAUACAGUGGUGUUAUUGUUUUUGGAUUGGGUGAUCCAUCGUCGGUGCUCUUGAUUCCCCGUCAACAGAUAUGUAUAUCAAAUUCUUCCACUUUUAGUCACGUGAGCCGCCAACAUGUUUGUGUACAUGAAUACAUUACUGUGUAGAUUUGAUCAGAGAGAAACCCCCUGUGUUGCUAUUCUGAGAAUAACAGACCACUAGUUCUUAUACAUGGGACCAGACAUUAAAAGUACAUCCAUCUGUUUGGGCAAUUCAUCGGUUUUUAUCAAAGAGUUGUUAACGCUGAGGUGAAGAAUCUAUAAAACAAACAAAAAAUCAUAUACGCUAACAAUGCUAAACAUCUGUUUUUAACCAUUUUUUUUAUUAAAUUUUUAACAUUAUUCGAAAGAUUAACCAAUGACACAUUUCAUGUAAAUCUUAUUUUCAUGCCAGUCCAUGAAUGGCAAUAAUUUCAAUUGAAAACUUCAAUAAAUGAUUAAUCAAAUAUAUUAUACAGCUAUGUUUUAUGAGAAUACAAAAUCUCUUAAAAAUCGGUUUGUUCAGCACGUCUUGGUUAGGAGAUUAUCUGACCAUCCUAACUCUUUGUAACAUCUUACAUAAGCUACUGCUCUUGUGAAAGCUGAUCAGUUAUCCUUAUACAUUCUACUCACUCCUGGUACACUAACAUUUCUUUUAAUGGCAGAAUUCUCGUUUUUUCUCGGAGAUAUUUCAGUUUAUUAUUGAAUCCACACAAAUAGAUGAUUUGUAUUUUGGGCGUCACUUCAUUUGUACUUAGUAUUGUACCCACAACAGCAUUGCUAUGGCAUGGAGGCCUGGUUUAGUGUACAUAAGUAACGUGUUAGCCCUAUGCCGUAAGAACGUCCUCUGUCCGUGGUCACCCACCAGUUCUGUGUCUGUACAGUGUGUGUAGAACGGUGAACUCUGUUGUUACUUUUGGUGGUUAGUCGUUGUAGAAAAAAAUGAAAUGGACAUGAAGAUGAUUUAAAUAUUGUGUAUGAUGUCAAAAUAAUGUGUUGCCUUUAAAAGUCAUUAUGACGAUCAUGAGCAUGUGAAAACAAAAGAUACGAUCAUUCAUCUAUUAACAACUUGCCCAUAUAUGGUCAUGAUCAAUAAAAAAAACUAUUGUCAUUUACAUAUUCCACUGGAUUAUAUUUGGACACUCUUUCAUCUCGUCUCAUCCUUUAUAUAUAUAUAAAUAUAUCCCAUCAAUACAUGAGCUUUAAGUUUUUACGUUUUUAAAUGAUGUAUAUUUCUGUCUAAUUUAUUUGCCCUUUGUUUAUCAGAGAUGUGUUAGCAGAUCUGAAUCCUGUUAAGUAGACUUGUGCGAGUGUUCAUCAGCUACAAGUACGUGUAUAAUUGACAUGUGUUAACCCUUUCACCCCUAUGUAGCUUUAGUAGACUCUACCAUGCAUUGAUAUGGAGGGGUCCAUUAUGGUCCACAGUGGUGAAAGGGUUAAUGUAGAAAACUUCAUCCUCCAUGUACUGUCAUAUCUGUGUGGGAGGGAAAGCAGGAUACAGGCUAAUCACUACUCUCUUUUGCAUCAUGUGUGCAUGGUGUCUGGACCAGCCGAAACAGAACAGGUAUAUAAUUCUCGUAGAUUUUCUUACUCAUUAGUAUUUAGGUAAGUUUUGGUUUUCAGAAUAUUUUUCAAAAAACUCUUUGUCUACUUAUCUGGCCAUUGAUGAGAAAAUUUCAAUAAACAAUAUAUCAUAUUACAGCAAUAUAAUUAUAUAGUUAGAUAGCUUGAAACAUCAACUUAUCACAAAUACUUCCAAGAUACAACUUAUUCAGUAUCUUGUAUAACACAUCAUUAGCAGAUGAUAUGAGCUUAACUGGAGGGAAAAGUGAUUCUUACAGAAAUCUGUAUCAUAACAUCAAGAAAUUUUGUAUUUCUUUUGCAUUUUUACUUUAAAACGUGUAGAUAUCUUGUGUUAACUCAGGGUUACUCUAUAUUGCAGAUGUACGUAGGUACAGGGCAUGUUGUCAUUGUUCUGUCUCGAAAUGCUACAACCUUGUAGAACAUUGCUAGGUAGCUUCAAUGUUUUAACCUUCUAUUGUAGACUCACUAGGAUACUAACACCUCCACCGACUGUUGCCAUUUGAUUUUAUCUUCCCUCACAUGUAGACCAAAGUUCUGUAGUUUUUAUGAGAUUAUUUCAAGAUGAAAACAUUGUCAGUUUGUUAUUAAUUAUGUGGUUCUGAUUUUCAUUGGAGUAUAACCUAUAAAAGCCUUUAUAGAAGGAUUUUUGCUUAAAACUGCUUUUGAAUGCGUUGACAUUUUCUAUGACAGAAUCAGAAGAAAUCUUUGAUUCUAUAUGAAGUAUACUUUGCACAAUUGUUACGAGUAAAAAAUGUGUUAUGAGAAACACAAACCUGCUAUUAAUGAUUAGAAAACUUUAGGGCCAAAUCCUCUAGUCAUUCAGUAAUGUUAAGCAUUGGCCUUUGACAAUCAAUUUUUGCCUUUGCGAUCCCAUUUUUUUGUGUAUAUGUAGAUGCAGUGUUCCUGCCGAUUCCAUAUUUUAUGUUGGGUUGUCUCCCCUACAGUUUCUCAGUAAGGACCAGUCUAGACUUGUGUUACUACAAAUGUAUGUUACAUUCAGCUAUUAAUAAAAGGUAUCAUUUGUAAGCUACUGCUUACCAGACAAAAAGGUUUUGAGAUAAUGAUGCAUGUUUUCUUAACUAGUUUUGAUUACAUUGAACUAUAACAUCAGAACUGAUAAUUAUCAGUGAUUCAUGAACUUUUCCUAUAAACUACAUUUCACCUUAUUUUUGUAGAUCCCAUUAGUGUUUUUCCAUUGAGCAAUGCGCUUUGUGAUUUCAGUAUGUACAAGUUAUGGAUUUUGCAGACUAUUAUUGAAGAUGUAAUAUGAUAUUUCUAUGAUGAGAAUUUAUGUUGUGAGAAUUUGUAAUAUUCAAGUUGUAUAUAUUAUGCAAUAUUCACAAAUUUGAACAUUUAACAUAACAUUACCAUAUGAUACUAAAAAAAUAAAUCCUUUUGGAAACGUUAUAUAAAUAUUUAUGAUAAUUAUUUUACCAAAAACGUUUUAAUUUUCAAACUAUUUCUUGAUAUAUUUCAUCAAAUUUCAUUGGACAUUUCAAUUUUAAAUGUACAUUGUGGUAUUACCUGAUCCUUGUAUUUAGAGAUACAAUAUAAAUUAAAUAUUCCAAGGAUACAGUUUUAGUCAUGCACUUUUCCAAAGUGACUUAUUUAUAAAAUAUUGAGGUCUGUAUACUUUGAAGAACUGGUCAGUGCCAGUUUCCCCCGCUGUGCACACAACUUGCAGUUAAUUUAAUUCUUGAGCUUUACCCACCAUGCUUGCAAUGUUCAGUACAAUCCUGUAAGAUAGCUUCCUAGCAGCAGCCUACAGAGAUCAUUUAUCUGGUCCCGGGAUCAUGAAACAAUCUUAAACUUGAGGAUUUGCUUAGCCAAUCAUGUACGACGUCACUUUUCAUGACAUAAUGUGUGAUUGGUUGAGAUAAAACUUAAGACAAUUUUAGACUUGGAUCGUUUCAUGAAUCAGGGCUAGUACAUUGUAGGUUAUAUUAGGUUGACUGUCACCAAACCUUGGAUUACACAUCAACAAGGUUUACGGUUAUUAUCACAGACCAAAAUAAUGCUGGACUUGGUUUGGUGAUAGGUCAACCCUUUUUAUUACUGGAAGGUCAGCGCUAGUACAGUGAAAUGUAGCACACUAAAACCAUCUCACAGAACAGGAGUGUGGCUAUAGCAUGCCUUUGUACAGACUUGUCUUCACUGCUGGUUAUUGUGUAAUACUGGAAUUAUCCUCAACACAAAACACUGCGUAAAACAACGCUAUAUACAUUAAGUGCCGAGAGCUAUUUUCCAGUACAGUCCACCACCCACUGGUAAGUAGGCUUGCUACUGGUCUCUUGAUUACAGCGGAGUGUGUUGACCAAUGGGAAAUCAAAUGACUGAAGGCAAGUCUGACCAGUACUAGGUUAUAGAACAGCAGUAAUACUUAUCACUGGUGUGCUGUUACACCAGUAAAUUGACUGCUGAAAAAUCAUCUCAACAAAUAUGUCCUCAUUUACAUGUAAAUGAUUUGUAAAUUAUUCUUCCUUGUGUAGCACUACUAAAGAAAUCAUGAUGUAAACAAAUAAAUUCUUACAAUGAUA